GCCUGGAUUGCUCAGCGAAGUGGGGGGACCCCAGGCCACUGGUGCUGUGGCUGUAGCCGACCUCUUUGGACCAGGAUGUGGGUACCUUGGGUUCUUGGCUUGUGGCUGCUCAAUCUCUGGGGUACCUUCAGCCAUGGGGCAAAUACAGGUGAGCAGUGCCCACCUUCACAGCAGGAAGGACUCAAGUUGGAACACAGUAGUGACCUGUCAGCCAAUGUGACUGGCUUCAACCUCAUCCGUCGACUCAAUCUCAUGAAGACGUCUGCCAUCAAGAAGAUCCGCAACCCCAAGGGGCCCCUCAUCCUGCGGCUGGGAACGGCCCCACUGACCCAGCCCACACGACGCGUGUUCCCUCGGGGCCUCCCGGAGGAGUUUGCCCUGGUGCUGACACUACUGCUGAAGAAACACACCCACCAGAACACGUGGUAUCUGUUUCAAGUGACUGACGGAGAUGGGUAUCCACAGAUUUCCCUGGAAGUUAACAGCCAAGAGCAGAGCCUGGAGCUCCGGGCCCAGGGCCAGGAUGGCGAUUUUGUGUCCUGCAUCUUCCCAGUGCCCCAGCUCUUUGACCUGCGUUGGCACAAGCUGAUGCUGAGCGUGGCUGGACGUGUGGCCUCUGUGCAUGUGGACUGCCUCUCAGCCUCCUCCCAGCCUCUGGGGCCCCGGCGAUCCACGCGGCCUGUGGGUCAUGUGUUUCUGGGCUUGGAUGCUGAGCAGGGCAAGCCCGUCUCGUUUGACUUGCAGCAGGCACACAUCUACUGUGACCCAGAGCUCGUACUGGAGGAGGGCUGCUGUGAGAUUUUACCAGGAGGAUGCCCCCCAGAGACCUCCAAGGCCCGCCGGGACACCCAGAGCAAUGAGCUCAUUGAGAUCAACCCACAGACUGAGGGCAAGGUCUACACCCGCUGCUUCUGCCUGGAGGAACCUCAAAACAGCAAGGUAGAUGCCCAGCCGACGGGAAGAAUCAGCCAAAAAGCAGAAAGGGGAGCAAAGAUCCAUCGGGAGACAGCAGCCGAUGAGUGCCCACCCUGUGUCCAUGGUGCCCAGGAGAGCAAUGUCACACUUGGUCCCUCUGGUCCCAAGGGAGGGAAAGGAGAUCAGGGCCUUCCUGGUCCAUCAGGCCCCAAAGGAGAGAAGGGAGCCCGGGGCAAUGACUGUGUUCGAAUCUCCCCGGAUGCUCCGCUUCAGUGUGCAGAAGGCCCAAAGGGAGAGAAGGGGGAGUCUGGAGCCUUGGGACCCUCAGGACUCCCGGGCUCCAUAGGCCAGAAGGGCCAGAAAGGCGAGAGGGGCGACGGAGGCAUCAAGGGCUUGCCGGGAAAACCAGGCCGAGACGGUCGGCCAGGAGAGAUCUGUGUCAUCGGGCCCAAAGGGCAGAAGGGAGAUCCUGGCUUUGUUGGGCCUGAGGGGUUGGCAGGAGAGCCUGGCCCCCCUGGCCUCCCUGGCCCCCCUGGGACAGGACUGCCUGGGACCCCGGGGGAUCCAGGUGGCCCGCCAGGCCCUAAGGGAGACAAGGGCAGCUCUGGGAUGCCGGGAAAGGAAGGCCCUGGUGGGAAACCUGGGAAGCCAGGCAUGAAGGGAGAGAAGGGUGACCCCUGCGAAGUGUGUCCAACACUGCCUGAAGGGUUCCAGAAUCUUGUUGGGCUCCCUGGAAAGCCUGGGCCCAAGGGGGAACCAGGUGAUCCUGCACCAGCCAGAGGAGAUCCUGGCAUCCAAGGCAUCAAAGGAGAGAAGGGGGAGUCCUGCUUGUCCUGCAGCUCGGUUGUAGGGGCCCAGCAUCUUGGGUCCUCUGCAGGGGCCAGUGGAGACGUGGGCUCCCCUGGCUUCGGCUUGCCUGGUCUUCCGGGGAAGGCUGGAGUGCCAGGGCCAACAGGACUGAAAGGAGAGAAGGGUAGUUCCGGGGAGGCAGGGCCAGCUGGCAGUCCGGGACCACCAGGGCCAGUGGGAUCAGCAGGCAUCAAAGGGGCAAAGGGGGAGCCUUGUGAGCCGUGCCUAGCCCUGUCUGGCCCUCAGGAUGGGGGCAUCCAUGCGGUGGCCCUGCCUGGCCCGGCUGGAGAGAAGGGGGAGCCUGGGUCUCCAGGCUUUGGCCUGCCGGGAAAACAGGGCAAGCCUGGAGAGCGUGGACUGAAGGGGCAGAAGGGUGAUUCUGGGAAUCAUGGAGACCCCGGAAUACCAGGCACCAUGGGGCGGCCAGGAUUGUCGGGAGAGCCUGGAGUUCGGGGACCUGCAGGGCCAAAAGGAGAAAAGGGUGAUGGCUGCACUGCCUGCCCCAGCCUGCAGGGGGCGUUGACUGACUUGCCAGGACUGCCUGGGAGGCCGGGACCCAAAGGAGACCAAGGCCUGGAAGGCGUGGGCAGAACUGGUAAACCCGGGCAGCCUGGUCUGCCGGGAGUCCAAGGGCCCCCUGGACUGAAGGGCGUACAGGGAGAGCCAGGGCCUCCAGGAAGGGGAGUCCAGGGACCUCAGGGGGCGCCUGGAGCCCGGGGUUUGCCUGGCACUCAGGGACUUCCAGGGCCUCAGGGACCACCUGGCCGCACUGGAGAGAAGGGUGCCCAGGGAUCUCCAGGGUUGAAAGGAGCCAUUGGACCUAUGGGACCUCCUGGUGCCAGUAUCUCUGGGCCUCCGGGCCGUGAUGGACAGCAAGGACAGACUGGACUUUCAGGAGCCAGAGGGAUGCCAGGUGAAAAGGGAUCACGAGGAGAGAAGGGUGAGCCGGGGGAGUGCUCCUGCCCCUCUCGAGGAGACCCCAUCUUCUCUGGCAUGCCGGGUGCUCCGGGACUUUGGAUGGGCAGCUCCUGGCAGCCGGGCCCGCAGGGUCCCCCAGGUGUUCCCGGACCACCAGGCCCCCCUGGAGUACCUGGGCUGCAGGGUGUCCCUGGAAACAACGGCUUGCCAGGACAGCCUGGGCUAACUGCAGAACUGGGAUCCUUACCGAUUGAACAGCACCUCCUCAAGAGCAUCUGCGGGGACUGUGGCCAGGGGCAGAUGGCCUACCCAGCGUCCAUCCUGGAGAAAGGAGAGAAGGGGGACCAGGGCAUCCCCGGUGUGCCAGGCUUCGACAACUGUGCCCGGUGCUUUGCAGAGCGGGAGCGCCCGAGAGCCGAGGAGGCCCGGGGAGACAACAGCGAGGGAGAUCCCGGCUGUGCUGGGAGCCCUGGACUUCCCGGUCCUCCAGGGCUGCCAGGCCAGAGAGGAGAAGAGGGUCCGCCUGGCAUGAGGGGCUCUCCUGGUCCUCCAGGCCCUAUUGGCCCCCCAGGUUUUCCUGGUGCUGUUGGCUCCCCCGGAUUGCCCGGCCUUCAAGGAGAGCGAGGCCUCAGGGGCCUGACGGGAGACAAGGGGGAACCGGGUCCUCCAGGGCAACCCGGUUACCCAGGUGCCAUGGGCCCCCCAGGACUGCCUGGCAUCAAGGGGGAGCGCGGCUACGUGGGGCCUGCGGGAGAGAAGGGGGAAUCGGGUCCCCCAGGAUCUGAGGGUCUUCCAGGUUCCCCAGGCCCAGCGGGUCCCCGAGGAGAGCGAGGACCCCAAGGGAACUCGGGUGAGAAGGGCGACCAGGGAUUCCAAGGCCAGCCAGGCUUCCCAGGCCCGCCGGGUCCCCCUGGAUUCCCAGGCAAAGCUGGAGCACCCGGCCCCCCCGGCCCCCAAGCGGAGAAGGGCAGCGAAGGGAUUCGAGGCCCAUCAGGCAUGCCUGGUCCUCCUGGGCCACCAGGACCUCCUGGGAUUCAGGGGCCUGCCGGUCUGGAUGGUCUGGAUGGGAAGGACGGCAAGCCUGGCUUGAGGGGAGACCCUGGCCCUGCUGGCCCCCCUGGACUCAUGGGACCCCCAGGCUUCAAGGGGAAAACAGGACACCCCGGCCUCCCAGGACCUAAGGGUGACUGUGGCAAACCAGGUCCCCCUGGCAGCAGUGGCCGGCCUGGAGCAGAGGGUGAGCCUGGUGCCAUGGGACUUCAAGGAAGACCCGGCCCCCCUGGCCAUGUUGGGCCACCGGGGCCUCCAGGCCAGCCAGGACCAGCAGGUAUCUCUGCAGUGGGCCUGAAAGGAGACCGGGGAGCCACCGGAGAAAGGGGCCUUGCGGGCAUCCCAGGUCAGCCUGGCCCCCCUGGACACCCUGGUCCCCCGGGCGAGCCUGGUGCAGAUGGUGCUGCUGGCAAAGAGGGACCCCCUGGAAAACAGGGACUGUAUGGACCACCUGGUCCCAAGGGUGACCCAGGACCUUCAGGACAGAAGGGCCAGGCAGGAGAGAAGGGGAGAUCUGGCAUGCCUGGUGGGCCUGGCAAGAGCGGCUCCAUGGGGCCUGCUGGGCCGCCAGGUCCUGCAGGAGAGAGAGGUCACCCUGGAUCUCCAGGGCCCACAGGAAGCCCUGGAUUGCCUGGCGUGCCUGGCUCCAUGGGAGACAUGGUGAAUUAUGACGAAAUCAAGAGGUUCAUCCGACAAGAGAUCACUAAAAUGUUUGAUGAGAGAAUGGCUUACUACACCUCCAGGAUGCAGUUCCCCAUGGAGAUGGCUGCAGCUCCCGGACGGCCAGGGCCCCCGGGGAAGGACGGUACUCCAGGCCGGCCAGGCUCUCCGGGGUCACCUGGGCUCCCGGGUCAGAUUGGCAGAGAAGGACGACAGGGCUUGCCAGGAAUGAGAGGAUUACCUGGAACUAAAGGGGAAAAGGGUGAUACUGGUGUUGGUAUUACUGGAGAAAGUGGCCUCCCUGGACCCCCAGGUCCCCAAGGUCCUCCAGGUUAUGGCAAGAUGGGCGCAACAGGACCAAUGGGCCAGCAAGGGAUCCCUGGCAUCCCUGGCCCCCCAGGGCCCAUGGGCCCACCAGGCAAGACUGGCCACUGUAACCCCUCCGACUGCUUUGGGGCUAUGCCAAUGGAGCAGCAGUACCCACCCAUGAAAAACAUGAAGGGGCCUUUUGGCUGAAAUCUCCACCUGCCAUUGGAUAAAGGACUCCAUUGAACUAAAUGGCCAAAGCGUACAGGACUCUGUCACAGGUUGUGAAUGUUUUUGUUGUUAUUGUUUUUAAUUGUUGUUAAUAUUUUUUAAAUAAUAAAGAAACAAAACUA